AUGUUCAGAAACAACUACGAUAACGACUCCGUCACAUACUCGCCGACCGGACGACUUUUCCAGGUGGAAUAUGCCCUUGAAGCUAUCAAGCAGGGAUCUGCCGCCGUCGGAAUUGCCUCGUCCACGCAUGUAGUGUUGGUGGCAUUGAAGAGAAACGCCGAGGAACUCGGAAGUUACCAGAAGAAAAUCAUCAAAGUUGAUGACCAUAUGGGAAUAGCAUUGGCUGGAUUGGCGCCAGAUGCGCGUGUUUUGUCGAACUACUUAAGAAAACUUGCUAUGAACUCCAGACUUGUCUUCAACAGACCAAUACUGACCAGCAAGGCGGCCUUGUCGAUUGCCGACAAGGCACAGGAAAACACACAGCUGUAUGGCUCUAGACCUUACGGUGUGGGAUUGUUAGUGGCCGGAUGGGACGAAACUGGUGCUCAUUUGUACGAGUUCCAACCCUCUGGAUCGGUGUUGGAGUAUUUUGGUACAGCCAUUGGUGCAAGAUCACAGGCCGCCAGAACAUACUUAGAGCGCAACUUGGAUGACAUCCGCAAGUGCACUCUGACAGAGGACCUCAUCGUUCAUGGUUUAAAUGCAUUGAGAGACACAUUGUCUCAAGACAUGGAAUUGACUGUUAAGAACACCUCCAUCAGUAUCGUGGGCAAGGACCAGGAUUUCAUAGUUUAUGACGAUGAGGAUGUGCAGCCUUGGUUGAGCAAGCUCGACUCCACUACUAAUGCUAGAAACAACAACGACGACGAUGAAGAAGAGGAAAAGCCCGAGGAGGAAACUACACAGGCAGAAGGUGCCAAUCAGCAAGCCGACGAGGCGCCUGCCGAAGGUGAACCUGACAGAAUGGACACCGAUUAG